AUGAAAAAUCAACAGACACCCCAAUUAUAUCAGCUACCGCAUCCACUGCGUACUCAUCUACACCACGUCCCCAAAUCGCCGGCGAACGAAACUGUGGCGGCCAAAACCUGUGUGCAGCAGAAUAAUUCAACAAGACUGCUUCCUCAGUCUUCGUUACAUCCUUCACAUCUUCAUACUGCUCACAUAUUUUCCGAUCCGGAGAGAGCAGUCACUUCUGCUGUAAUUCGGGCAGUUGAAUGCCAGCAAUGA